AUGGACUUAGUGACCGUCAAGCUAAUCCUGGUGCUCUCCAAGCGAUGGAACGUUCCCGCACGUCAUGGGGAUGUUCCGAACGCCUACGUUAAGACAGAAAAGGAGGAGCAUCUGGAUAUCUUCAUGAAGGUUCCAAAAGGCAUGCAAAUCACUAAGGAGGAACUUCAAGGUUUCGGUGUGGAAUCUCCUGGUGAGGUCGCGCUGCUGUUGAGGAAAUCGUUGUACGGACUAAAGCAAGCGGGACGACUCUGGAGCAAGCUCUUACACUCCAAGCUGACCGAGAAUGGCUACAAGCAGUGCACGACGGACAUGUGUCUAUACUACAAGCACCAAGGUCAAGAAUGGACCAUCGUCGGAGUAUACGUGGACGAUCUUCUGGUCACGGGAACCAAGCAGUGCGCGGUUGAUGAGUUCUUUGCGGGCAUGGAGACACUGUCGAUCAAGGAUCUCGGCGUCGUUCAGAAGUUUCUGGGACUCAGGAUCUCUUUGAAUGACACUCAAGGAUACAUUCUGGACCAAGAGGUCAUGAUCGACGUGUUGCUCAGGGAUUUCAAGUUGGAGUCAGCGAACGGUGUACGAACGCCAAUCGGAGAUGAAUGCAAUGAUGAUAACAAGGAUGAUGUGGACUAUCUACCCGCGAGAGGUGCAAGCGGUGAGCCAAUUUUGAGUGCCUUUCAAUCCUUGGUCGGGAGUCUGCUAUGGAUCGCAAGAUGCACGCGGCCCGACAUAUGUUUUGCAGUGCAUAAGGCAACUCGUCAAACACACAAGCCAACCACCAAGGACUGGAAGAUUGCGAAACGUAUUGCAAGAUACUUGAAGGCGACAAAAAACCUGAGGUUGCACCUGAACGGCAACGGACCGACUCAACAAAAUGUCAAGAUUGAGUGCUGGAGCGAUGCAGACUUCGCCGCGGACAAGGCGGACCGUAAGUCAGUGUCUACAUACGUACUAACUUUGGACGGUUCUGUUGUUUUAUGGUCGUGCAAGAAGCAGUCAGGUGUGUCGCUGAGCACUAUGGAGGCGGAGUUCAUAUCCUCAUCCCAGGCAGGACGCGAACUGCUGGGUGUGAGGGAACUACUGCUGGAGCUAAAGCUGCAGGUAUGCAUGCCGAUGCCUAUGUGGAUGGAUAAUCAAGCGGCGAUCAAGCAACUCGAGGGAGAGAAGAGCACAACGAGCGCGAAGCACGUGGACAUCAGGUUUAAAUUCAUCUGCCACUACGCGCGUGAAGGAAUUGUGAUGCCCAAGUACGUCAAGACUGAGAGCAUGAUGGCGGACAUUCUGACGAAGUCCUUGCUAGCGCCGAGAAUGGAGGAGCUACGCAAGAUGUUCAACUUGAGGACGAUUCAGGCUGAAGUCGAGGAGGAGUGUUAG